AAAUAAAUUCAGUGUUACUCCAGACGCCGCCACAGCCACAACAUGAGAUUAUUGGCCUUACUAAUAUCUUGUAUGUGUUUCACAUAUUUUGUUCAUGCCAGGAGCGAGCAUGAGAAUUUCCCUCAAGGAGAUGGGGUAAAUACAAUUUUGGGUUUACUUCAAAAGGAUGCCAAAUUAUGGAAGGAACUUUUCGAGAAAAUUGAUGCAAUGUCCAGUCAGAUUGAGAGGUUAUCCUGUCAUGUGGAACUAACUCGAAGUAUCGAAGAACUACGAAAUCAAUGCACUGGCAAUCAAGUAAUGGAUUCGACAACGGAACUUAAUCAGCCACCUGUAGACAUGUGGAGCAGCAGCAUUGCAAAUCAGGAAAUGGACUCAACAGCGAAACUCAAUCAGACACCUAUUGAACCAUGGAGCGGCAGUCCAUCAACUGUAGAGGAUUCACUUCGAGCAUUGCGCGUUGAACUGAAUACAAGUCAAUCGGCAAUAUUAAAUCAUCUGCAGGAAUAUCGCAAGGAAUUCCAAGAGAGACACCAUAUCCAAGAGAGCAUGCUUAGCAAAUCAUUUUCGUAUGGGCGCGAAUGGGUGGAAAUAUUUAGAAAUACAGACGGGGAAUUCAACUUCCUUAAUCGUAAAUGGCAGGACUACAAAAGCCCUGGUGGUGUAAACGGAGCUUAUUUUAUUGGCUUGGAUCACCUCUAUGUUCGUACCACCUAUGAAGCAGCUCAGGAGUUAUUGAUAAUUUUGACAGAUUUGUUUGAUCAAGUACGUUAUGCCAAAUAUGAUCUCUUUCAAAUCGGCGAUGAAGAUCAACAGUAUGCUAUAGUUAAAUUGGGCAACUAUAUGGGCAAUGCUGGUGACGUAUUGAGGCCACAUCUGUAUCGUAAAUUCUCAACAUAUGAUAGAGAUAAUGAUGAAAAUGAUGAAAUAAAUUGUGCCAGAAUUUAUAGGACCGGCUGGUGGUUCUUUGGAAACUGUACAAGUUUUCUAAAGCUGGGAUUAAUGCCAAAUACCUAUCGGGGUUCAUGGAGUCGUGGCUUGAAAUCUGUCGUAAUGAAAAUUAGAUCAACACUUUUAGGUUAAGUUGUACCAAGUGUUUCUACAAUAAAAUGAAGAAUUUUUAGCACCUCCAUACGGUGAGGGAGAACAAGGA